UAAACUACUUCUGCUCUCUGCGCCUGACUUCUCCACCCACUACUCCUAGAAGCCAUGACAGAAGCCCGCACCAUUCCUAUGGAGUCAGCAGGAGCAGCGACCACCCCUCUUCCAUCAAUGGAGGAGCGCGUCCUCCAUCAUACGGCCAUCCUCCAUCGGAUCGGUUCGGCGUUGGACCAAAUGAUGGAGAGAAUGGAGCGAUGGGAGAGGAGUGAUCUCCCGACUUCACCCCAGCUCCUCCACUGACAAUGCAACCCACUUCUCCUCCGGCGGCAUCCGGUCCCAGCGCGAUGUGUCUCGCGCCCCCGAGGGAGUACGAUGGAGCGGCGGCUGGGUGCCAGGGGUUUUUGCUCCAGCUCGAGCUAUACCUGGCUACCGUUCGUCCGACUGAGAGUGUGAGCCUCCUCGUCUCCUACCUGACGGGUAGAGCCCUGGAAUGGGCCAACACAGUCUGGAACGGCCCAGACUCGGCUCGGGACCACUACCCGGAGUUCACCCGCCGUUUUUGAACGACUGUUUCAUUUCAGACAGGAGACGAGGAGCGCGCAGGACUUCACGUUGGAGUUCCGGACCUUGGCCGCUGGUGCGGGGUGGAAUGACAGGGCCUUGAUGGACCUCUACCGGUGCAGCCUCCGGGAGGACGUCCACAGGGAGCUAGUAUGUUGGGACACCACUCUCUCCCUCGACGAACUUAUAGACUUGUCGAUCCGGCUGGACAACCUGCUAGCUGCCCGCGGGCGUUCAGAAGGGGUCCUGUCAGUUCCACCUCCCAGCCCUCCUGCUCAAACUCCGAUGGAGGAGGCUCCUCCUGCACCCACUGUGGUCGGAGAGGACACACUUCCGACCGGUGCUGGAGGAGCUCGUCUGGGAGUCUCGGUCACCCCAGGCCGGUGGUAGCUGGUCCCCUACAAGAAGGUGAGGUGCCGGAGGUCCCUCCGCCUCCUCUGGACAUCGAGGGGUCCCCGGCCUACACGGUACGAGCUUCUGGACUCGAGAUGCCGGGUGAGGGGCCUGCAAUACCUCGUGGACUGGGAGGGGUACGGUCCGGAGGAGAGGUGCUGGGUACUGGUGGGGGACAUUCUGGAUCCAUCACUACUAAGAGAUUUCCAUCGCCUCCAUCCGGAUCACCCUGCGCCUCACCCUCCGGGUCGCCCUCGAGGCCAGGGUCGGCGCGCUGCGGGGGCCGCGCGUCAGGAGGGGAUGGUACUACUCAUUCUGCCUCCAGAUGUCUACCUGCAGAGCAGAGGGGGGGCCUUAAUGAGCCCAGACGGACGAGUGGAGGACGGAUGAGUGGAGGUUCAGCCCAUCCCCUGACCUCUCCACAGGACUCACACACCUCUCACCUCCUCUCCCCCUCUCCCAUGGCUCACACACGCUAGGUCUGGCAGGUUUUCUUCUGGAUAAAGCUUCUGCAUCCUAGGCACAGUGAGAAGAGCAGACAUACUGGACCAGCUGACUUACAGCUACAAGUCAGGAAAUACCUGGUGUUUCUGAGGAUAGCUGCUGCCAGAAAUGCCACUUCCUCUGUAUGCACAAUGAUGGAACGCUCCCCUGACUACAGCCCUUUCACAAUGACAGUAUGCCAAUACUGAGGUGUUGCUGAACUCAUUACCACAUUGCUUAAAUCACAAAACAACUGACAGUUAAUGUCUUUAUAUGAAUGUGGUGAUGUAAUGUAAGAUCAAUGUCUGUAAUCCAUUAACUAUGCGA